AUGGUCCACCAUCAACACCAUCAGAUCCACGUCGCGGCCCUCGAUUGUGAGGCACCAUGCAACUCUGUGUACGUGAAAAGGGGUCUGUUUAGCUCGCAAUUUCGAGUCCUCCUCCAAGCUGCCGCUGAGCGUCUCAACAAGAACGUCAGCAACCAGCUGCGACAUGGCCCGAUCAAGCUGCAUGUCUCGGGGUUCGAUGCCGUAGGGCGAACCCUACCACCACUUGAUUGUCUUCGUACCGAACCGCGCACGUCGGCAGAGUCCACAGGCGGACCGUUCAGUCCCAUUGAUGCAAUUGUCGUCAGCGGCUCGGCUGCUUCCGCAUAUGACCAGCUUCCCUGGAUUGCCGAGCUGCUCUCAUUCAUCCAAACGGUAUACACGCAUUAUCCACAUGUGAAGCUGUUCGGAUCCUGUUUUGGACAUCAGAUCAUUGCCCAGGCGUUGUUGUCUACACCCACGAGCGAUGUGCCCGCCACCCACACAUUCAGCGUGCAACCUGCCUCGACAGGAUUUGAGAUGGGCAUUCAGCCCAUCAAGUUGGAUCCCCAGUUCACAGAGUAUUUUCCUCCUUUGGCCAAGGUUGCGGCCAAGGGCCCCUUCCGCAUUCAAUUGGUUCACAUGGAUCAAGUUCUUCCAACACCCCAAGCUCGGGAUGCCGCCGUCUCUGCAGGUCGCCCAUCGGUCAGUUUGCCAGCACCAUGGCUGAAUCUUGGAAGCAGCGCAGUAUGUCCGAUUCAAGGGCUGUACUAUCCGGGUCGAGUUCUGACCUACCAAGGUCACUUUGAAUUUGACACCUUUGUGAAUGGCGAGUUGAUGGUGGAGUUUGGUGCACAUGCAGACUGGCCUGCGGAACAGAUUGAUCAUUACGUGAAGCAAGUUCAUGUUGCGCGAGUGCCGGGACAAGACGAGGAUGACGAUGAUUCUAAAGCUGCAGCGGAGGCAGUCGUUUUGUUCUUUGCAGGGGAGAACUCAGAAGCUAGCAGAGCGAGUUCGCAAGAGAUGCAUGGUUUGAUGACACCGCCGCUCGAGCAGCCAGAGGUCUUUGCAACCUCAUAG